AUAGACAGAUAGGGCUAUCGUGGCAUUCAUCUAAAGUUGUUCUUAAAGCCCAGAAAAUUUGGCUUCCUUCUCAGAAAAUAUCCGAAAUUUCUCCACUCGCCGGAGAUUGAAUCGCCGUCGUCGAUCGGAUUUCGGCAUUGGCUUAUAUUCCAUCUUUACUGAAGACACUUCAAGAAGAAGAAGAACAAGAAGAAGAAUAGAAUCUCUUUGAAGAUUUUGCUGAUCGGAGGAGACGACCAGGAUAUUACUAUUACUAUAUUUAUCAUUUGCUUCGAGAAAAUUGAGGAGUUGUAGGAGGCGGCGGCGGAUAUUUUGAUGACUAUUAAAGGAAAAGAAAAAGAUUAUUUAUAAAACGAAAAAAAGGUAUUAUUUUGAUUAAUUUCUACGAUUUGCUUGUUUUAUUACUGGAGGUUAACUUCUCUGGUUUUGGUCUUGAUCGAGACGGAUUUGAGUAAAGAAGAGAUUAGAUCAGGAGGUGGGGAAGGCAGAUCUACUGUAUAGAGUGCAAGAUUGCGGGAAAGAAGGGUCUUGAAUUAGGGUUUGUUUUGUUGUUGCAAUGAUUUAUGGAGUGAUAUGAGUAAGAAUUGAUGUUUUGUAUGUCCUGGAAUGAUUGCGUAAACUCGCUGGAUUUUUGGAAGCUGCCGGCGAAAGUUGAUUUUUUUGCUGGAUUUUGGAAUCUGCCGGCGAAAGUAAGAAGGGCAGAAACAUAUUAGAGGUUUGGAUCUUUCAGUUAUUAUCAGAAGGAAAUUCUUUCUGUCAAGAUUGGGGGAAUCAGGGCUAAAUCCUCUUCCACUCCUGUGACCAGGAGGAAGCAAGGAGCCACGGCAUCCUGCAAGAAUUUGGGUGGUGGAUCAUCAGUUGAUGGCCUAGAAAUUAUAGGAUCUGAUAGCAUGAUGAGUGCAGUAGGUCUAGAACUUACGAAUUUUAUAGAUCCUGAUUUGACUUGGAAGACAUUUACAAAAGGCCACAGGAGUACGUCAAGGCGUAAGCCAGUUGGUAGAAGCUUUAAUGGGAAGCCAAAGCUAUCAGAUGAGAGUGCCAGAAAUAUGGAUGACAUGACGGUUUCAGAUAACGAGAAGCAUGGUGUGGCUGUUCUUGGCUGCCGCUUCAGUGGAAAAAAUGAGAAAAAAGAGCAUGGACCCAUUAAAAAGCGAAGACAUACAGCCCAGGGUCUUGAAGUGGUUGAACUUAAUUCAACUGGGAAACGACGACGUCGAGGAACUAAUGCUGCUGUGCCAAGUAAGCUCAAUUUGAAGACAUCAGAGGUCCAUGAUAAGUUGGAUUACAGUGAUGACUUCUCAGGCAUUGAGAUACUCGCAGCUGUUGCUUGCAACAAUGGUAUGAUUAAUGACGCUGCUUGUGAUGAAGAAAGUUCAAUAGUGGAAGAGUCAACACGAGAAGGAGAGGGCUCAUCUUCUUCUGCAGUUCCGUUCAAAGAAACUGUUGCAUCCCCAAAAGAUAUGGCUGAUGACGAUAGACCAGAUGCCUUUCAAAAUAGUGAAGUUACAGUUUUGCAUACAUCUGCUGGUACCAAGGAUAGUGGAACAGGAGAAGGAUCUCUAUUGUCACGGGAUGAAAUGUUGAAUUUGGACUUGAAUGUUACCUGGGAGCAACCUUGUGAUACUUCGAUCUUUGAUUCCGGUGAAAAUGAUUUACAAAGUUGUGAGGUUAAGCCUGAAGCCUUGGAACAGCAAAACGCUCCUGACAGAGUGGUUUUGUCAGAUUUACUUGGGGAUAAUACAUCUGUUGAUUUGAUAGGCUUGUCUCUUGGGAUAUGUGAAUCGAUUAGAGAGGAACCUGAAUCUGAAGCUUGCUCCCUUCAUGAUGAAAAACACGAAGAAUGUUUUCUGUCUCCAUCUGGUAAUGCCCUGGAACCCUCCAUUUGUGGUGUUGCCAAUGCAGAAGCUUCAAGUCAGGCUGUUUAUGGGGAUGAAUCCCUAGAUCAUCCAUCGGGCAAUGCACUUCCUAGCCUUACUUUCAAGCAGUGUUCAGAAAUGUGUUCAUCAGAUGAACAAGUUAUAAAAGUUUUGCGUACGGAAAGUGUGCAGGUUGAGUCAUGUAAUUUUUCUCCUCACCAUCAACCUAACUUAGAGAGAGUUCCUAGUGAGAUUGAUCUUUCAAUCUCAAAUGAUAACGGAGAGAAUUCUCAGAUAGCAACCUGCUCACAUGAAGAUGGGAAGUUAAAUACAAGUAGCUUGGAAAACUGUCCACCAAUAGGACCUGCUUGGCUUGGAGUUGAAUCUGGAGGUCAAGAAGAGGAAUCAGGUGACCGGCAGUAUUCGCCUAAUAGAAGUGAUAUUUGUGCGCCCUGUUUGUCUUCUGAGAAAGGCCAACCUGUGAUGGAAGUGGAUGCCAAUGGAACCAAUGAGGCUUCUGCUGCCAAUAAAGCAGAAGCUUAUUCUCCAGUGCAAGCUGGGUCUGAGGAAUUGAUGCAGAAGUCUUCUGCAGACUCUACUGUCACUCCUGGAGAUGCAUGCGGAACACACGGUAAUGGUUUUACAAGUGGCUCAGCUAAGGCCAAUAUGGAAGAUCUGGAAGAUGACAGCUUUGAAUCAGAUGUUUAUCAAGCUGAGAAGGUUCACAUGGUUGGCAUAAACGGUUUAGAACUUCAGGCUGGUUAUGAUUCUCCGUUCGAGGAUGGGGAGUUGAGGGAAUCUGAUGCACAGUAUUGCUGGGAUGAAAAUGGGGAAGAUGGUGAAGUCGAGCAGGUGGACUAUGGGUCUGAAUUUGAUGAAGAAAGACUUCGUGUCUUGGAUAAUGAGAAGGAGAUGAAGGUUGAGAGAGGUUCCAGUUCGGGAUCUGAUUAUGUUAGUAGAAAAAUUGAACAAUGUGGGUUGGGAGAUUCUCUGAGAGAUGACUUGCUUAGCCCAAAGACAAGAACUUCGUAUGUCACUAUUGACAAGGAUUUCUUGUCCGGGGUGGUUGGAUCAAAGGCAUCCAAUAGAGAUUUCCUGUCAAGCAUUGAGGAGUCCAAUGCCAUAUUUAGGAAGCAUCGUACACUUAGGAGCAGAGCCAACAGUUUUUAUAAUUUAUAUCAUCGAGAUGAAAGGGAUGCAGGUUCCCAUAAGUUCAUGGGAAGGGACAGGACUUUUCCUCGAGCACGUGGCAGAAGUCCUGGAGGCCAUUGCUUUGUCAAUGAUGCACCAGGCUACUGUGACUCAGAAAGGCGCCAUUUUUGUACUUAUCGUGGCAAUUGUACUUCGGGCCCUUCUAGAACUAGAGGUGGUUUUGAUAGCCGCAGAGAUGUAAUAACCUCAGACCGUGCAGUCUCUGGAGGAGCAGGGUUUGCAGGAUCUGACAGCCGUGCCCACAGGCGAUUUGUUAAUCCUUCUUCAAACAGUUCAUAUGAACGGAUCACGAGGAGGAGAUCACCUGCCAGCAGAGAUGAUUUAUACCGUGUGCAUACAGGAAUGCAGCCUGUGAGAGAUGGUAGCCCGGUCAGGAGUGGGUUUAGGAGAUUUCCAAGAGGGGCUGCAACAGGAGGCUUGAGAGGGGAAUACCACAGGCCAAUUCCAGAGGACAAGAUUGAAUAUUCUAAUCGUCAUGCACCGCGGAAGCUUAGGAGAGAAAGAAGCAUCUCACCCCUAUGCAGAGGACAACCUAGCUACCCCUUCACACACAAGAAAUCUCGGUCAAGAUCUAGAAGUCGCUCUCCUUCAUAUUUAACUAGGGACAGAAAUGAGGCUUCAAGGCUUUGUAGCAGGUCUCCAGAUUUUAGGACUGAUGCUAGGAUGGAUAGAGUUAGGUUGCCAUUUCAGAAGCGUAUUCCAGCUGAUUUUGAAGAGGGGUUUAUCCCCACAAGAAGAAAUCACUUUACACAGCAUAAUCCCAGAUGGUUUGAUGAUCGAAAUGGUGGUUUAGAUAGUUUCAGGGGAAGAAAAUCACCUGUGAAGAUGUUCCGUUCAGAUCAAAGAUUUGAUUCAGGGCGGACCAUCCAGAGAUUGGAUUCAGAGGAUCAGUUCAGAGGGAUGAUACGAUCCAGAAAAUUUAACGAUAUGGGGAGCGCUAGCAGGGGGGGUGAAUUUAACAGCAGUGAUGAUGGUAGGAGAAAGCAUAAUAACAAAUAUGAGAUUGUUCAGCGAGUGAGACGAUAUGAUACAGAUGGUGGUCUGCGGCGAUUCCGGGUUAAUGCAGAAGAUUCCUUGGUGGCUAAUAAUGUUACUCCUAACUGUGAUGAUGGCAACAGAAUUACUGACAGAAGGCCUGGAGAGGUCCUUAGAAGGGAUGGUGAAGAGUAGUUUAUUUGAGAUAUCACCCAGAAGAGCGAAAACUUUGCUUUGGGUUUAUCUGAUGAUAGAUAGGGGUUUUUUCCUUCCUGUUCUUUCGUUUAUUGUAUAAACAUUUCAAGUUUUGGUAGGAAGUAUCUCAAUUCCAUCUUUUUUUCCCUACUGGUGGUGCAUGUGAGGGAGCAUUCUCGCGAGUUGCAUUUUCCCUGGCAAGACUCUGCUUCUUCCUUUUCAUAGGGGUUAGAUUAUGCAUUUGUUAUAUUUUUUCUCCUCAUUCCUUGUUUUUUUUCUCAUCCUUUACUACAUUUUUGUCCACAAGCCAACUCUGGCUGUUGUAACCUCAGUUUUGAGGUCAUUAAGGUAUAUAGUAAUCAAUGGAACUCAGAAAUGGUUUUUGGUUUUC